GGAUUCGCAGAUUUUCCAGCCACCAAGUAGUUGGUGUUCCGGUUUCGGGUUGUUCUGUUGUCUUCGACAUAGACGGGAGGACACAAAAUGUCUGUGUAACUUUUUUUGUGUGCUUUUUUUCCAACACCACACAAGUCAGAACACUUUUUAGUUAUCAUACAAAAUUUCCCAGAAAAAAAUAUUAAAUAAAAAAAUACAGCUCAUCCCUCGCUUAAAAAAAGCGCACUCAAGUGAAUAUCGAGAGUCACAAGAGACAAUACCCUACCAGAAGAUAAUCAGUUUUUCAGUUUUUUUCUCCCGCCCACCCCCAAAAAUUCACCUUUUAUCAGCGCGUGCAGAAAAAAAAACGAUACCACCUUGUGAAUAAGUUCUUGCUAGAAAAGAAUCAGAAAAAAGCUCCAGUGAGGCUAACGAAUCACUUUAUAGACGCCUUUGGACGUGUUCAUUGAAGGCUACGAAAGGACUCUUUCCUUUUUUUUUUUGGUGAAUUGAAAUUGUUGAUGAAUUCAACGGACUCUCAAGGAGAUAUAAUGUAAAGUGAACCCCUGGAUAAUUUCUCUUUUUCUCUGGAUUACGUCAAGUGUUAACCCAGCUGUCCGAAAGAAUCCUCAAAGGAUAGCACAAAUUUUUAAUUCUUCAGCACAUCCCUAGAAAGAGUUUACUUUUUUCCAAGUUUUAUCGCAGUUUUUAAAAUAUAAUUCGCAUUAUAACAAAAAUUAGUUAAAAAGCAAAUUGUGCAAAUAAUGUGUUCCAACGAAAUUUUACUGCAAAUGUAUUAAAGUGUGGAAAUCUUGGGAAAGGAUCAACACUUGUGCGGGGCAAAAGUAACCAAAUGAGCUACUCAGAGGCAAGAUAGGGCUCAGGGGGGGUGUGAAGAGAUAGUGAGGGUGGCAAAACGGCAAAAGUAAUAAGGAAGAGAGAUGAUGAUAAGACGCAUCAAAGAUGGAACGACGGAAGAGAAAAGCGGAAAAUUGAAUUAGGAGCCCUGGAUUGAUAAAUGGCGAAAAAGUAUUAACAGACAUGCAGAAUGGAUACGGUGAGCAAGUUUACUGUCCCAUUCACCGCAAAUCCCAUCAUUGGACCAACAACUGGCACCACCAGAGAUACUCCAGUACAAGAAUGGACCUCUCACAUGUAUAGGGAUGUGUGGAAAAAUCGCCAUUGAAGGUGGUAAGGAGCAACUUGGAGCACAGAGGAGAAGAGGAUCUCAUCAGCCCCAUUGUUAGUUCGGAACCCAAAUGGAUUAUGAGAACUGAUCUGUGCACUUGUGAUAUAAUGAUAAACAGAAACCUAAUUCUACAUGAUAAGACAACAGAAGAAAAAAAACCAAGCUUAAAACUACCUAAAUAAAACGCACGAUGAGAGAUAUAACUAGAAAAAUUAAUAAAAUCGUCUGACGCUAAAAUAAAAGUGCCACACACUUAAUAAAAGAUCAACAACUAAAUUGCAUAAAAUAACUUAUAAAUCUUAAACGCAAUUGAAACAAACUGGCAUUAAUCGGGCUCUAAGCCAAUAAAGGUAAAAAAAAAAAUUAGGUGACGACGAGUAUAAGAAAAUUUUAGAAAAACAUCCCUCAAAGUGGGAUGUUUUAAUACAAGAAAUUAAAAAAAAAUCGAUGGAGAAAGAACGCACACAAGAGAAUAAUAUAAUAUUCUAUGAAAUAUAAACUGCAAAUUAAAUGUUCUGAUGAAGAAGUAAAAACAUUGUUAGAGUAAAUGUUGUAGAAGAAUGAUUCUAAAAUUGAGUAUUUUAAAAUCAGUGAUGAGACACCAAUUGUGGAUACGAAGAUGGACAAUUUUCUGUUCCGUGUUUCUCUUGUACUUCCUGUGUCAACCACUGUGCUGUAAAGCAGGAAUUCACGAAAAACGUCUUCUGCACGAUUUAUUGGAUCCGUACAAUGUGCUGGAACGUCCAGUGGUAAACGAAUCUGAUCCACUGCAGCUCAGUUUUGGAUUAACACUUAUGCAAAUAAUCGAUGUGGAUGAAAAGAACCAACUCCUCGUGACAAAUAUUUGGUUGAAAUUGGAGUGGAAUGACAUGAACCUGCGAUGGAAUACCUCUGAAUAUGGGGGUGUUAAGGAUCUGAGAAUACCACCGCAUAGAAUAUGGAAACCAGAUGUUCUUAUGUAUAACAGUGCCGAUGAGGGAUUCGAUGGUACAUACCCAACCAACGUAGUAGUUCGCAAUAAUGGUUCCUGUCUCUAUGUGCCACCUGGAAUUUUCAAAUCUACCUGCAAAAUUGACAUCACAUGGUUUCCCUUCGAUGACCAGCGGUGUGAGAUGAAAUUUGGUAGCUGGACCUAUGAUGGAUUUCAGCUCGAUUUACAGCUUCAGGAUGAAGCAGGUGGUGACAUAAGCAGUUUUGUAACAAACGGUGAAUGGGAUUUACUCGGCGUCCCUGGGAAGAGAAACGAAAUCUACUACAAUUGUUGCCCGGAACCAUAUAUUGACAUCACCUUUGCAAUUAUUAUCCGCCGAAGGACUUUAUACUAUUUUUUCAAUUUAAUUGUGCCAUGUGUGUUGAUCGCCUCAAUGGCCCUACUAGGAUUUACACUGCCACCAGAUUCGGGAGAGAAAUUAUCACUAGGUGUAACGAUUUUACUGUCACUCACCGUUUUCCUGAACAUGGUUGCUGAAACAAUGCCAGCAACAUCGGAUGCUGUUCCACUUCUCGGAACAUAUUUCAACUGUAUAAUGUUUAUGGUUGCAUCUUCAGUCGUAUCGACGAUAUUAAUAUUAAAUUACCAUCAUCGCAAUGCUGACACAUAUGAAAUGUCCGAUUGGAUAAAACUCAUAUUUUUAUAUUGGUUACCUUGCAUCUUGAGAAUGAAUCGACCGAGACGUAAUUUAUCGAUGGAAUACCCUCCGACACCUUGUUCCGACACAUCCGAUCGAAAGCAACAAAUCCACGAUGUAGAAUUAAAGGAAAGAUCAUCAAAAUCUCUACUCGCCAAUGUCUUAGAUAUUGAUGAUGAUUUUCGCCACAAUUGUAGAACUUUAACUCCCGGUGGAACAAUACCACACAAUCCCACGUAUUUUCGUACGGUUUAUGGACCAGGGGAUGAUGGCAGUAUCGGACCAAUUGGAGGCACUCGGAUGCCAGACGCUAUAACACCGCAUACGUGCAUAAAAUCGUCAGCUGAUUAUGAGUUAGCCUUAAUCCUCAAAGAGAUACGUUUCAUUACUGAUCAGCUCCGAAAAGAAGACGAAGAGAGUGAAGUUGCACGUGACUGGAAAUUUGCAGCAAUGGUCGUUGACAGAUUGUGCCUUAUAAUUUUCACUUUUUUUACAAUAGUUGCAACAAUAGCUGUUCUAUUUUCGGCUCCACAUAUUAUUGUCUCGUAGCCAUAUGAGAGAGGUUAUUGUUAUUGGUUUUAUCACAAAAUCAAUUUGUUAUUUAUUAAAUUAAUAUCUAAAUAUUUUUAAAUUCUAACAAAACAUUCUCACCUUCACAACUCACCCACAUUUUACAUCGUUUUACUCCUCAAUUUUAUCCAAUUUAUAAACAUUCAGAGAUCUAAAAAAAAACCAAAAAGUUCAGUCUCGCAAUUUUUGCUAAGGAUAGUUAAUAUAAUCAGAUUUAACGUGUAGGAUAUUAGAUAAAUUUAAUAAAUGAAAUAACCAUGAAAAUCCCCUUCCUCAACUUUCGAGGAAUCAUUUGAAGAAAAAACAAUUUUUCAUUCGUCAUGGAAAAUUUUAAAAGAAAUUUUUGAAUAAAAUACAAGAGUUAUUCAUAUACCUAAAUUGAGAAAUAAAUAAAUUUAAUAUAUAUAUACUUAUAUAUAUAUUGACAAAGAAAUGAGGAAUAAAAUGUGUUUGAAGAGUAUUCAAAAAAUUAUUCAGAAAGAAAAAAAUUUUGAAGAAAACCAAUACAUUGAAAUUUUCAUAAAGAAUUUUGUAAAUAUUUUUUUCCAAUGGAAACUGAAUUAAGCGUAAAUUGUAAACUAAUACUAAAAUUAACUAUCAUCGUUCAACUUAAAUUUAAGACAUUAAAGGUGACAGAUGAUGAAUGAAAGAUAUUGAGAUUUAGAUAUUGUGCUUACCGUUUUUAAGAAUUAGAAAAUUAAAUUUAAAAAAAAAAUGAGAGAAAACCCAUACCCAUAGGUAUAUGAUAAAAUAUAAUCAUCGUAACUAUAAUCAAUUUUUCAAUUAAAUUCGAUGUCGUAAUUCACAAAAUUCGGAUAUCAUAAUGUUGUUGACAAAUUACAUUGAAAAUGUUUUCGAUUUUUUUCGCAAAAUUUGUUUUGUCUUAAACAAAACUUAGAUAAAAAUUUAUUUUCAAAAUUUGUGCAAGUGAAAAGCUUUCCAUCAAAGCUCAUACGAGGGCUUCAAAAAUAAAAAUUUGCAAACCAUUAGAGAAAAAUAUAUUGAAAACACAAUGUCCACCUGCCCACCGUUCAUAAAACAUAUUAUAAACAAAAAACAAACAAACCAAGAGAUAAAUACCGAAUUUCAUAAAAAAAUGCAAGAUUUAAAAACGAUAUACUCUAAAACCGAUUACUAAAUAAAAUGAAUACCAAAGACAGUCAAUACUCAUUAACCAUAUCACUUUCACAUUUUUUAAGGAAAUAAAAAGAGACAUACAUUUUUGAAAAGUAAAAUACAAACUACUUCUCUACACUUUAAACACACAAGAUUAGUUUAAACUUUUUUACACAUAACUACAAACCAGAGAAACAAAAAUAUAUAUUUCAAUUCACACUUUUUGAAUUUUUCUACACAAUUUUAUCUGUGUUUCAAGUUCGUGAUGUCCAAAUAAGCCUGCCAUUUUUAAAUAUGAAAAAAAAAAUUAAAAUAGAACAUAAAUAAACACUAUUAAAUAAAGAAAAAGACAAUUAAAUAUAACUCCCAUUAAAAUAACUCAUAUUUAAAUAAAGAAAAAUGAAACAAAAAAUUCUCAAGUAUUCCAAGAGAAAAACAAAAUAAAUAACAAAAAUAUAUUUAAAAAAAAUCAUUUAUAAAUUCACAGAGAUUUAACAGGGAAUGGUACCUUUUUCAAAAAAAAAUUAUAAAAACAAGAAAUUAACAAAAGAAAAACUCAAUUUAAAUAAUGAGCAAAGGAAACGAUAUCCAAAUGACACAAAAAAAAACAUUACCAAGAAAACUGGUUUCAAUUUUUUGAUAGAUUUUAUGUACAUAAACUUAGUUUUCGUACGACUAAUUUAAGUUUUUUAGUUAUUCCUGUUUUUUAACCAAAACCUUUGAAAAAAUAUUCUCAUAUGUACGAUACAAAAAUAUGUACCGAAGACAAAAGCACACACCUUUUUAAUCUAUUCUGUGUGUGAAAAUCGUAAUUUGCUAUAAAUGCAAAAAAACACCUUAAUUAUAAAUACCUUUAAAAGAAAAAGUAUAGGAAAAAUAUGUAGGGGAAAAUGAGAGAAAUAGUUAAUUUUUUGAAUUUACACAAGUUGUAAUAAAUGAACUUUUUAGGUGGUAAGUAGGAGAUAAAGACAAUUUAAAAUAUAAUAAAAAUUUAAGUAUCAUCUAUCAUGAAUAGAUAAAAAGGCGUGAAAUUUUUGGAUUCGGUUCCAAAGAUUCUCAUAUUACAAAAUAUAGUUCUAAUAAAAUGCAAUUCAUUCCAAGACACAUUCUUAUAAUCUUCAAGCUUAUAAGAAUGGACAAAGAACGCAUUUAUUGUCGCAGCUAUAACAAAGAGGAAAGACAAACUAAAAAAAAAUUAAAGAGUCAUAUAUAAAUUUUACUAUUUCCAUUUUUACUCAAUUUGUUUAUAUCUACCGUUGAUGAAUUAAUGUAAAAAAGAAUGACAGAUACAUUUUAAGAAAAAAAUAUUUAUUAUUAUAGAAAAUUCGAAAUAACUUAAUAAAAAAGAAAGAAAAAAAGAAAUAUUCUGAAAUGUAUCUUUUACAUGCAAACUUCAAUUACACUGUACGAAACGGAGUGAAGCACUAUUCCAAAUGUUUUAUUACUUUUUUUAAGUAUAACUGAAAGAAAUGCAAAAUUCAGCUCUAAAUGUGGUAUUCUCACUGCCAAAAGUUGCAAAAACAUGUUUUUUAGUUGUAUUUCUUAUAGCUUCUUUUUACUGCUCGAAC